UUGUCUCUCCACCACACAAUCCCCCUGUUCUUCUUCUUCUUCCUCUUCUCCUUACACUACACGCAAUUCUUUAUCUUCUCCUGCCUUCUUUUGAUCGAUCGAUAUUCACUGCAGAAUUUUGCAGAUUUCCUAUCCAGAUAAGGGUUUGGCUUCCCUAGAUAGCUAGCUUAAUUUACCUGAUCUACAUAUCUUGAUCUCUCGAUUUAAUAGAUCUCACUUUUUCUUUUUCUUCUUCUUCUUCUUGCAGCUGCAGUCGUUGCUGUGGUUCGGAAGGAGGACUGAUCGAUCAGAGCAACAGCAGCAGCCACUGUCAAAGAGAUCACCUCAAGUCAAAAGUGGUUACAGUAACUCUCCCUGCGCGGCCUGCAAGUUCCUGAGGAGGAAAUGCAUGGCGGGGUGCAUCUUCGCGCCAUAUUUCCCGCCGGAGGAGCCGCAGAAGUUCGCGAACGUGCACCGGAUCUUCGGCGCGAGCAACGUCGCGAAGCUGCUCAACGAGCUGCUCCCCCACCAGCGGGAGGACGCCGUGAGCUCGCUGGCCUACGAGGCGGAGGCCCGCGUCAAGGACCCCGUCUACGGCUGCGUCGCCGUCAUCUCCCUCCUCCAGCGCCAGCUCGACGCCCUCCACUCCGAGCUCGACGCCACGAACGCCGACCUCCUCCGUUACGCCACCGCCGCCGGAGCCGCUGCCGCGGCCAACGUGCCGAUUCCCAUCUCAUCAUCUUUUGCCCCAAUUGCAGGCCAAACAGGAGGAGCCGGAGGUAACUACACCGACGAUGAUCUAUUUCACGAUCCUGAUCAAGUCAAUGCCGUCGCCGAAGUGGAAGCACUUCUAACAACUCCUCCUCCUUCUCCAUGGCCUACGACCAAAAUCAACAGCCCUGUGUUCGAUCGAGCAACAAGAAACUGUGGAGAUGGAGAUGAUCAUUAGCAUCACAAAUUAAACUACGCAUAUAUAUAAUUUGCAGUUAUUUAAUAAUCUAGCUAGCUUCAUGCAUGAGAUGCAUACAUUUAUUUAUAUAUAUUUAUAUCGAGUACGUAGACAGUAUACGUAUUUGAUAAGUUUGUAAUGUAUUAUUGCUUGAUUUAUAUACCAAGAAAAGUGUUAGUAGGUUUCA